GCGUAGUGUUAAGUUGAAAAAGAAACAACUACUCAGUCACACUCGCACUCGCACUGACCCUAAUAAUCUGCCAUCACCAUGGGAACGACUUCAUCGGAAACACCCUCAGUUCGCGUCUACAACAUACCACAAUGCGCCACCGCAAAAGACCUCCUCAACUUCCUUGAAUCCACCCUAGGUCCUUCCUCCGUCUUUGCCCUAGAAAUCUUCACCGACCACUCCAACUGGAAAUCCCGCGGUUCCGGCCGUAUCCAGUUCGAAACCUUCCAAGCCAAAUCAGAAGCCAUAUCUCUCUCCCUCAACAACAAACUCCUCUUCAACUCCCACUUCCUCCGCCUCUCUUUUUCCUCCGAUGAUAUCGUACCUAGACCUUCCCUUCCCAGUAACCGUCUCCAUAACGGUGUUCUCCAUGUCGGUUUCCCUAACGGUCCUGAUUGCAUGAGUGUUCUUCAGUCAUGGGAAGGCGUUCGAGGUUGGAUCAUGCCUGAAAGGAACAGGCUUGACUUCUGGGUUACUCAUAAUGAUCAGUGUUUCAAACUUGAGAUUCCUUUUGAAAAUAUGUUGGAGUGUGAUGGCUAUUGUUCUGAUGAUUCUAAACCUAAUGCCCUACUCUUGAAGCUGAAAUAUGCGCCAAGGAUAUAUCAGAAAAAGGAGGGGCCAAAUGUAGCUUCCAAGUUUAAGGCUAAUAGGUAUCGAUUUUGUAAGGAUAAUUUUGAGUUUACGUGGGUGCGCACCACUGACUUCACAAAUUUAAAAUCAAUUGGACACUCUACCUCGUUUUUCUGGGAAAUUGUGGAAGAUUCGUUUGAUUCUGAGGUUUUUCGGAGUUUCCCGCUUUACAGAGAGAAUUUGAAGGAUCUAAGUCUGGAAGAUGGGGAAGAAUUAUGUUCUCCAACCGAAACGGUUCCACUUGUUAAGUAUCGCCCGGAUUCUAAGUUGCCUUAUGAAGCUCUAUUUCAAUUGAAUUCUCUUGUACAUACUCAGAAGAUUAGUCUUGCUUCAGUGGAUGAUGAGUUGAUUGACUUGUUGGCAAGUUUGGAUGAAGAAACUAUGGCUGUGAUUUUUCAAAAAUUGCACAAGUUGAAUUCCACUUGUUAUGAGCCUCUAAAAUAUGUGAAGACUCAAUUACAUGUGCUUAGUAUAAAGAAAAAAAGUGUUCUCCCAUUACAACAGAAAAGGUUGGCGGAUAAUAACAUAAUGAGAUGUCAUCGAGCCUUGAUUACCCCGUCAAAGAUUUAUUGCCUUGGUCCUGAGCUCGAAACGUCAAACCAUGUGGUAAAACAUUUUGCGUCAUAUGCUUCAGACUUCAUGAGGAUUACAUUUGUUGAAGAGGAUUGGAGUAAGCUUCCAACUAAUGCAAUAUCAACUAGUUUACAAAGGGGAAUCUUCGCAAAGCCUUUUAAAACUGAAAUAUAUAAGCGGGUAUUGAAUAUUCUUCGAGAUGGUGUUUUAAUUGGAUCAAAAAGAUUUGAGUUUCUUGCCUUCUCUGCUAGUCAACUGCGGUCAAACUCUGUUUGGUUAUUUGCGUCUAAUGACAAAGUGAAAGCAGCAGAUAUCAGAGAAUGGAUGGGAAGCUUCAAUAAUAUCCGCAGUGUUUCUAAAUGUGCCGCCAGAAUGGGUCAGUUAUUCAGUUCUUCCCGGCAAACUUUUGAAAUGGCCCCUCAAGAUGUGGAUUUAAUUCCAGAUAUUGAACUCACCUCUGAUGGUAUAAACUACUGUUUCUCAGAUGGUAUUGGAAAGAUUUCCCAAACUUUUGCACGGCAGCUUGCUCAAAAGCUAAAAUUGGACCAAAACCGGAUUCCUUCAGCAUUUCAAAUUCGGUAUGGUGGAUAUAAAGGUGUCAUUGCUGUUGAUCCCCAUUCUUUUAGGAAGUUAUCAUUGCGUAACAGUAUGCUGAAGUUUGAAUCCAAAAACAGUAUGCUUUGCGUCACCAAAUGGAGUGAGUCAAUGCCGUGCUUUCUUAAUCGAGAGAUUAUAUCCCUGCUGUCAACAUUAGGAGUAAAAGAUGAGGCGCUUUUGGCAUUGCAAGAGGGUCAAAUGCAGUUGCUAGGAAAGAUGUUGACUGAUAGGGAGGCAGCUUUGGAUGUUCUAGAAAGUUUAAGUGGAGCUGAUUCAAAAAGCAUUCUAGUGAAGAUGUUGCAUGGAUUUUAUGAGCCGAACAGCGAGCCUUACCUAUCAAUGAUGCUCAAGGCUCAUUAUGCAUACCAGUUAUCUGAUUUGAAAAGCAGAUGCCGGAUAUUUGUCCCCAAGGGCCGAGUCUUGAUAGGCUGCUUGGAUGAAACCGGUAUUUUGAAUUAUGGCCAAGUAUUUGUCCGCAUAAGUGUGACAAAUACUAAGGAAAAACCUGGAGAUGAAAAUUUAAGGAACGUUAAUGGUGAUGAUAGCACAUGCAUUAUAGUUGGUAAGGUGGUGGUCACCAAAAAUCCUUGUCUUCACCCAGGAGAUAUCAGAGUCCUUGAUGCUGUCUACAAUGAAGAAUUAGAAGAAAAUGGAUUGAAGGAUUGCCUUGUAUUUCCACAAAAAGGACCUAGGCCUCAUCCAAAUGAAUGCUCUGGAGGCGAUCUUGAUGGGGAUUUGUUUUUCGUAAGCUGGGACAAUGAUCUAAUCCCAGCUCAAACUGAUAAUCCAAUGGACUACACAGGAAGAAGACCUCGUAUAAUGAAUCACCAGGUGACACUAGAGGAAAUACACCAAUUUUUUGUUGAUUACAUGAUCAGCGAUACUUUGGGCGCUAUCUCCACCGCACAUCUGGUUCAUGCUGACCGUGAACCAGAUAAGGCCAGGAGUAGAAAAUGUCUGGAGUUGGCCGAGCUUCAUUCCAUGGCUGUUGACUUUGCAAAGACCGGAGCUCCUGCAGAAAUGCCUAGAGCUUUGAAACCAAGAGAGUUUCCCGAUUUCAUGGAGAGGUUUGAAAAGCCUAUGUAUGUAUCUAAAGGGGUACUAGGAAAACUAUACCGUGCCUUAGUUGAGUCAACAUUGCAAGUAAGGUCUAACAUUGUCUUGUCCGAGAAGCUGACUGAAGAAGCAUAUGAUCAUCAACUUGAGGUUAAUGGUUUUGAGGUCUUUCUUGAGACUGCCUCAAGUCACAGAGAAAUGUAUGCACAGAAGAUGAGCUCUUUAAUGAGCUUCUAUGGAGCAGAGACCGAGGAUGAAAUGCUAACAGGUAACUUGCUAAAACGUGCUUCUUAUUUGCAGCGCGAUAACAGGAGAUAUGGAGAUAUGAAGGAUCGAAUUCUGAUAUCGGUGAAGGAUCUUCAACAUGAAGCUAAAGGAUGGUUUGAAAGUGAUUGUCAGCCAGAUGAAUAUCAACUUAUGGCAUCUGCAUGGUAUCAUGUGACCUAUCAUCCCAAAUAUUACCACGAAAGCUCCACCUUUUUAAGCUUCCCAUGGAUCGUUGGUGACAUUUUAUUGCAUAUCAAGUCUGCAAAUAGCUCACUAUAGCUAUUGCUUUGCAGAAAAAAGAUUGUCUUGAAAGGUUUGUCACUAGUUUCUAAUGUAAUUUUAAUUGUAUUAUCUAACUAGAACAUUAGGGCAGAAGUUAAUCUACUAAUCCAUGUAGCCGAUUUCACUUUGUGGAAUAAAUAAGACUUGGUUGUUGUUGUA